AUGUCUUUCAAGUCCCUUAUCCUUGUGGCCGCCGUGGCCUGGCUUGGUGCCACUCCCCAGGUCGCAGCAGCUCCUCCUGACCUUACAUUCCUGUGCAACAAGAUCCCGGAGAUCUGUUCCAACAUCUGCUGGGCUGCACGUUGCGGUUCUCCCACAUUCUCCCUCACGCUGACUUACGACCAGCCGAGCGCCAGCAUAGAGCGCUCUCGUCGUAGGACUGCGGGCUGUGGCUCCAACAACCGAUGCACCAAGAGGGGCAAAGGUGUUGGGCGCCGUACCCCUGUGUCCAAGUAUGGAUCAUGCGAUGAGUACCCUUUUGCAUCGACUCGUUCCAAUGGCAAACAGGUUAGCAGAUGUGUGCCCAAGUCGCAAAACAACAGUCAAGGAGGUACUAUCAGCGCUGCUCUAAAACGUCUCAAGAAGACGAAGCGUGUGCCUUUCCAGAUCCGCGUAGGACUUGGCAACCCUGGUUCCAAAGGUGUGAAGUGGUGCACGAACCAGAAGUGCAAGAACGAUGGUUACCAGGUCCAGGAGGGCAAGCUCAAGAAACGCGAGGAGGAGCCUAGCUUCAAGUUCUACAAGACUGAGUCCGGCAUGGUCUUGGCUACUCUGGAUGACAUCGAGCCCAUGUCCAACUUCACUCAUGAGGUUGACGAGAGCGACCUUAAUAUGCGCCCCAUGUCACUUGACCCGUUAGAUACCUGGACCGAGAAAGUGGAGGGCGCGGACCAUGAUGUUGAGACUUAUGUGAAUGACAUCGUCCUUGGCGAGAUGACAUCCGAGGAGAUCAACAAUUACCUCACACCCUUACAGCAGCGUGAUAAUGUCGACAACAAGGAGGAAGGCGAUGAGUGGGAUAUUGAAGAGUUGUACGACGGAGACUUUGAAGAGGAGACUGAUCCGGAGGCCCAUGACAACAACAAGAAUGUUAACUAG